GGCUUGGUUUCACAUUUCCGCCAUGUCUCGCUGACCACGUCGCCUCGUUCCAGCCAUGCUCCGCCACAGCACCUUGCGCCUCGCGAGGCCUUUGCGGAGAAAUCUUUUUAGGCCAAUCACAGCAUGGAUACCACGACGAGAGCUUCUUACUCUGGCCAUCGAGACGUCCUGCGAUGACACUUCCGCCGCGGUGCUGGAGACCAAGGACAAUGACCGGAAGCCAGACGAACCCGCAGCGGUCCUGCACUUCCACAAAAAAGUCACCGCCGACAACACCAAGUUCCUAGGCGUGCAUCCCGUGACGGCGCUGGAGUCGCAUCAAGAAAAUCUGGCAAUCCUCGUGCAGGAAGCAAUCAAGAAGCUCCCCGCAGCAAAUGACACCGCUUCGUCAUCUACGAGCCAAAACGAUGCCUCGGCGCCGCCCAUCCGCGUCCCUGUCGGCAACGGCGUCGUCGAAUAUAAGCAACGUCCCGACUUCGUCUCGGUCACGCGCGGCCCCGGCAUGCGCUCGAACCUGUUCACCGGGCUGGACACGGCCAAGGGCCUCGCCGUCGCAUGGCAGGUCCCCUUCGUAGGCGUGAACCACAUGCACGCGCACGCGCUGACGCCGCGCCUGGCGUCUGCACUGGCGCAGCCCAGCACCACGCCCACACCCUCCUCAGCCACAUCUGCAUCUCCCUCUACCCCACCAACUCCGCAGCACGACCCCGCGCCCGCCUUCCCUUUCCUCUCCGUCCUCGUCUCCGGCGGCCACACCCUCCUCAUCCACUCGAGCGACCUAACUUCGCACAAAGUGCUAGGCAGCACGAUUGACACCGCGAUCGGGGAGAGCCUAGACAAGAUCGCGCGGGCCGUUGUGCCCGCCUCGCAGGUCGCGGCCUGGGGCGACACGAUGUACGGGGCUUUGCUGGAGGAAUUCGCCUUUCCCUCCGGUGCCGCCGACUUCGAGGCCUACUACACGCCGCCGACGACGCGCAAGGGCGAGCUUAAGCGCCGCAUCUCGCCAACCUAUGGCUGGGCCCUUAGGCCUCCGCUCUCGCACAGCCCGACGGCGCGCAGCCUGGACAUGAGUUUUUCAGGCCUGGCGACUAUGCUGGAGCGGCUUGUAGAGUUUGGCUGGGACGUGUUGAGGAAGACAGUGGGGAAGGAGACGAGGGCGCCGGAGGAGGUGGGCGUGCAUGAGCGCAGGGAGCUGGCAAGAGAGGCGAUGAGGAUUGCUUUUGAGCAUUUGGCUGGGCGGGUAGUGUUGGCUUUGGAGGGGAUGGAGCCGGAGAAGCGGAACAAGAUCCGUACGGUCGUGGUUAGUGGUGGCGUGGCAAGUAAUAAGUUUUUGAGGUUUGUGUGAGUAUCCCCUCUUCCUUUUCUCUUUUUCUCUCUCUCUCCCCCUCCUUCUCUUCCUUCCUCCUCGUUCUAUUCCCCCCACACAUCCCACUAAUACACCCCA